AACUCUUAGAAUAGAAAUUUAAAGGCUUCACAAAGUGAACACAUACAAGGCCACUUCCUUUUGCAAGGUAUUUCUGAAAGCUUUCAGCUUGUUUAUAUAUAUAUAAAAUUCUACGAGACACACCUGCUAAAUCUACAUGAAGGUUUUCUUCUCAGGUUCUAUAUGUGGCUAUAAAAGCACCUAAAAAAAGAGAUCAGGCCAAAGGCCUUCUCUGUUCAAUAAAAACUCCCUUCCCCUUUACAAGGUUGUAACACGGCCAGCAUCACGUAAUCCACACACACCGAUGAUAUGAGCGCGUCCUUCUCAACUCAGCUGCAGAAGGAACAUCUUGGGAACUGAAGUACGAACAUCUUCCAUGACCAACGGGAGAUGUAGAAGCCCCAUCAUCUGGAAGACACCAGAAGGUCCUCUUUAUGGAGAACACGGUAUCAUGAACUCUUUGCAAAAAGCCAGUGAACAUCCAUGUGAUAUAUUCUGCUUAGAAACAAUUCACCAAGUCCACGACGUUCCACAGGACCAAUCUACGGGAUUGCCAAAAACAUCUUCGUUGAAGUUUCUCCAGUAGCUUCAUUGAGGGCCCAGUCAACUCAACUUGGAAAAAGGCAUUGGGUCCAUCGGUGGGACCCAACCAUGACACAUCAGGAAAACUGGAUAACGAUGAACCCGUUACCUUCUCAUUCUUGUCAACAUGAUGGGACCCCAAUAGGUCCACCUCCACCAUAUGACAUGUUAUAUCAUCAUGGUGCUGUCUCUUCUCAAUAUGUCUUGACUGAUUAUCCUUCACCAUCUCACUUUAAACCCAUCUUUACAACUGAGCAGUAUGUCAUAAAUACAGAGAUAUCUUCUGUACAUGUGGUCACAGCACCUUCCAACGUCAUCGUGGCUCCACCGAUCUAUAAGGACUACAUGGCGUUGUCUAUCCUGAGCAUGUUGUUCUGCUUCCUGCCAGUUGGAAUUGCUGCUCUGGUCUAUUCCUGCAAGACAAUAGCGUCUCGGAGUAACGGCGACCAUACCACAGAAGCUAGAAACUCCCACGUUGCCUUCAAGCUGAACGUGGUGGCGAUCUUCUUCGGAUGCGCUCUACAUGCUGCGUGGAUAGUGGUGGCAAUUUGUACUUAGGCAAGAAAAUGCUCCGCCCGGAAUGACAUGACGGCAGCCAAAGAACACGGAGACGGCGCCCUGGGUGUGAAUAUCGCGGCUUUGGUGAACGGUUCCAUAUUACAAGUCUUGAUCUUCCUUUUUCAUAAUGGAUAUCUUUCUCGUCAAUGAAUAAAAUUAGUCGCGUGAAUAUACA